AGUCUAACAAAAAUACUAAGCGAAGAUGGUGCUAGAUAAGAAGUUUCUUCUCAUUUUAAUUUUGAGCAUUUUUAUUAAAAAGUCAAUUUGUCAAACUGCGGCUGAUUAUGUUUAUUGCAACACGGAAAAAAGUUUUACAGUUACUAAUAAAGCACUGUUUAUAUAUUUUUCGGAACCUGGAAGUACAAAAACCACUUGCGAUUAUGUUGUAAGAAGUCCAACUGAUACCUACAUUUCAGUUGAGUUGUAUCACAAUUUGACAGGAACAGGAACUUCAUGCACAACUCAAUACGUUCAAAUUUCUCCUAAUGGGGAUCCUCUUUAUCGAAGUGCUGUAAAAUAUUGUGGAUUAAGAGAUUAUUAUAAUCCGUUGAGGUUUAAUACAAUAGGAAAUGAGGUUAGAUUUCGCGUGGUUUCAAAUGACUUUAAGAGAACUGUCCAAAUGAGAUUGAUAGCAUAUCCGAUAACAGCAUCAAAUUGUACUUGUAGCUGGAAUCCUUCAACCCGUAUUGCUAAUGGACAAUCUUCUGCAUCCACAACUUUCAUUGGCAAUGCAGUGCUUAAAACUAUGAUUAAUAAAUUUUAUGAAGCAAUCUGUGGCGCAACUAUCAUUUCGUACAAGUACAGCAUUACUGCUGCUCACUGUGUAGUUUAUGCCAAAUCUUUUGGAUUGGCUAAUGUACUUUUACAUGUUGGUCGUCAAAAUGUCACUGCUGAUGUUUAUGCUGACACAGUUUACUCAGAACAAUACAUUAUAUCAGCAGCAGUUACUCAUCCAAAUUAUAAUAGCGUUAGUGGAGUUAAUGAUAUUGGAUAUAUCAAAACUACGAGAGACAUUCGGUUUAGUAAAGGAGUUGGCCCUGCAUGCAUAUCAUUCCCCUAUCAAACUUUCAGUUUUCCAACUGGAACUUCAUUGACAGCAAUUGGUUUUGGAGGAACUGAGUUUGCUAUGGGAGCAACAAUUGAUAAGAAAUCGUGGAUCCUCCAAAGUGUAAGAUUAAUUGUAAAUCAAACUUUAGUAACAGGAUGUAAUCAGCUCCAAAAAGUUUGCUGCCAAGGACUUUUGGUUAAUGGAGGUAGAGGAGAUACAUGCCAGCGUGAUAGUGGUGGUGGCAUUUAUGCAUACAUAAAUAAUUUGUACUACUUUGUUGCUCUUACAAGCGAGGGUCUUGACUGUGGAAUGAAAAAUUCAUACUCUAUAAAUGUGCAUGUUCCCAGCUACAUCACGUGGAUAAAACAAGUAAUGGGAGCUGAAUUGCUUUGCAAUAAAUAAUCUAUUGCCAAGGUUCUUGCUGGUUCUUUUUAAUCAAGAAAUUUAAACUCUUGAAAAUUACGAAAUAAUCAGCAAAAAAAACAUUUGCAAUUAGUUCCAAUUUUAAAUUUGUAUAAGAUCUUAAUUAAAUUGAAUAAAAAAUUUUAUCAUGUGAUAACUGUUUGAAAAUGAUG